AUGAGAUGCAUACAGUCAGUCUGUGUUGUACUCUCUACAUCGCAACCAGGCACAUCAUCUUCAACUGGAAACCAAGGCAUUUCGCAGGGGAAGCCAGUGCCUUGCCAGCAAGGUGUCUGUCCAGCACCAUUCACAUGCGUUGAUGACGUUUGCGUGCAAGAUAUAACACCGUCGAUGCUCAGAUCGCGAAAGACUGCUCGGGGACGUGGUAACGAAGAACUUGUUUUGGCACCUGGUGCAGAAAUUAGCAAAAAUUUGGGAAGAUUUGCCGAGCGUCGUACCGAUAUCUUAGGUGAUGGUGUCGCUGGAGCAGAACAAACGGUAUUUGGAAAAUUGGGAGAGGAAGCUCCGCAGCCUACAAAGUUAGUGCAAUCUCGAUUUUCAUUGGAUUUCGGUCCCUGUUUGAGCAACUUAUUUGGGAUGGAUCUGAAGAGACUCGUGCCACAUACUUUUGCCGUACAAAGCCAAGUCACGAUCGAUGAGCUGGAGCCGGAGGCUGAAUGGUUGAAGAAGGUGAACGGUGCGAUUGACUUGCGCAUACAACUACCUGUAAGUGCAGAGUUCAACAUGGAUGGAUCGAUCAUCGGAUUACAAAUCGAUGUUUCCUCGCAGGUAUCGGACCUCAAGCAGCAACUUCAGGAUAAGCUCAGCAUGCCAAUAGGAAAGCAGAAGCUUAUCUUUGAUAGUUUCUUCCCGAAAGACAACUCUCUUUGGCCUUCUACAACAUGAAGAAUCAAUCGUUUGUUAUUUUGCAGAUCAAGGAAAGAGGAGGCUAAAACAAAUGGUAAAUUGUAGAUCAUGUGUUGUAUGGCCAUGUAUUUGUUUCGCGUACCGAAUUUUUUUUGUUUGGAUAGUACCUUGUAGAAAGUGUGUAUUCAACUUCUACGUAUAUAGAUGUGAAUUGAUCUGAGACAUCAAUAUGACUUAC